GUGAUGCUAACAAUGAAGUUCACUAGUUACACCAUAAUUUGGCUCACCUUGCUAGGUUUGGGGAUCGCAUUAUUUUUGAUGAAUUAUUUCACGUGGCCCCAGAGCAGGAACGAUUUCCCUUCGAUCUACCAGCUAAAUGAUUUAGAGAAACUGGACCUCAAGCGCAAUUCUCCGUACGAUGGCGUUGAAUCGUUUGUGUUGUUUGUUGGUUAUCCUAGAAGUGGCCACAGUCUUAUAGCCGCCAUUUUGGACUCUCAUCCAGACAUAAUCAUUCCAAAUGAGGUCCAUAUCCUGGCAAAAUUUAAAAGCUUUUAUAAGGACCCAAAUGAGGAAAGUUACAGUCGAAGACUCCGAAUUUUUUCUGCGUUGCACUCACAUUCGUACAGUCAAUCCAUACAAGGGAAACGUUCCCCAAACAACAGACUUGGUUAUUCCUACUAUAUUCCAGGAAGCUGGCAAGGACAAUAUAGAAAUCAAAUAAAGGUAAUUGGAGACAAACAAGGAAGCGGAACAGCUGCAAUACUGGGACAACGAAAAGGCCUUCAAGACCUACAAGAACUACAGAAAACAGUGGAGGUCCCAGUUAAACUGAUUCAUGUCAUCAGAAACCCGUUCGACAAUAUCGCUACAAUAUGCAAAAAAUCUCGAGCGGUGCAAGAUUAGAAACCAAGGAACAAUGUAAGCCAAUUAUCGAGUAGCUUGUUGGUGAAUUCAAAAUUGUAUAUCAUGUAUAUAUAUAUGUUUUGUUUUUAUAUUACCCCUCCCCCCAUCCCCACUUAAGCUUUAUACUUUAUACUAUAUAGCCAGGACCGAGCUGCACUAAUUAUAUGUGUAACCUUCAUCGCAAC